UCUUGUUUUUGUGCCUUUCGUUAUUUUUUUAACAAGUAAUAACUAAAUAUAGGCUGAACCUGCACGACUGUCAGCAAUUCCCUGCAUCGGACUAGCGGUGUAUAGGGGAGAAUCCUUGUCCGAACUUACUGUAUAAUGCGGCGCUUAAACAGCGCCAAUUUAUAUGAACGAAGGCCGGAUUCGUUUUGUGUGUCGCUGCGUACGGGGGAAACUGCCCGAUGCAUUAUAUCCGAAGUAAAGAAGCAACAUUUGCUCUACGCCCGGGGUUUCGACCUGUAUUAUAGUGCAAUUGAUUAAACGGGCAUGUUGUUAUGGAACUUUGGCUAAAAAAUAUGUUAGCUUUAUUUUCAGUUGAAAUAAUAAAUGACAGCGCAGUAUUUGCUCUAAAUUAGCAGAUUUCGGAGAUAUACAUUUGCAUUAUAUAUGUUUGUGCUUCGCUUGUCGCUGAGUGGGACGACGCAUAUGGUGCAUUGAACAAACCUGACCCGGUCAGCUGACUCCUAUUUGCUUCGGUGUUCACUAUUACUAUACAAAUGUGAAACAUAGGUAAUUUUACUGAUACUGUCUGACCAGGUGCUCGCGGGCCUCCGUGAUCCCGAAGCCCUCUUAUUGGAGAUACGCCUGCGUGUCCAGCGAUGAUGUAAGAAUGGGUGAUUCGGUGGCAGCUGAACAGACCCUCCAUCUAUUUGAAUGUCUAAACAAACUAAAAAAUGCACUGCAUCGUAACACCACUAACGUCAGCGUCGAUCCUAUUAUUAAGGAUCUUCUUGAGCUUAAUUAUGAGAUACCGUUUUUGACAUCCGAUGUUGGCUCCGAUUUACUCCGGAUAUGUCUUCUACAUUGUGAUGGCCUAAAGUUCUCGGCAACAACUGCCGAAUUGACCAAGCAACUUAUCUGGGCACUUCAGACAUCGCAGGGAAAUCAGCUCGAUUUAGAUGACCGCACACUUUUGAAGUUAAUUCAUUUUUGCCUUCGUGAUGUCCGCCAGCUUGAAGUGCCUCAACUCUUGCUUAGCUUCCACACGCUUGGUACCUUGGUGUAUCAGAACAGUCAUCGUCUGGAAUCCGUGUGGCUGGAACUUUUCACCGUGCUUAAAUCAUGCCUUGCCAUAAACGAGUCGAAUGUCGCUGUUCGACACUCCGCCCUUAAAGUACUACAAGCUUUAACAAUUCGCCGUGGGGGUCCUGAAGAUUUUGAGUACCUUAGUCCUGAACAGGCUGAAGCAAUUUCAUCCUUAAUCAUUGAUGGAGUUGCAAAUAUGCUCAUGUCCGCUGAUGAGCUGAUGCUCUGCAAGGUACUGCAAGCUUCUAUGAAGACGCUCCUGAAUAUGGCAACCGCGCAGGUUCCAUUGCCCGCUAAUCAGUUAGGUUAUCUUCUUGGUUGGCUGCGUCAUCUGACAUUUCUCGGCUUUCCGGGCUAUGCGCAGCGGCCCAUCAAAAACUUCGACCUUUUUCCGUCACCCGUCUGCCAUCAGCUUCCACAGGUGGAUCUUAAGGAUGGCGAGACGAGUACUAGAGACAACAAACCAGUGAUGCGUCGCUCCAGAGUAAAUAAAAAAGCUCGAAAAAAGGAACCCCGUAAGGACGUAGGGGGCGGACAGCAAAGUGUCUAUCAUGACAGUCCUUCAGAAGACUCGGACACUGGAGGAGCAAGUCCAUCUCGUAUAGGACAUCAACAACCUCCUUGGGCAAAAACGGAUAGUUCCGAUUCAGAAAUGAGUGAUGUUGAGGGAUCUGCAGGGCUAUGGACUGUGAAUGGAAGUUCGACGAAUAUCAGCCCGCUGACAUUGGCUGUGCGAGUGAAGGCUGCCAAGGCAAAAGUUCGCCAGUUAGCGUACGAUACAAUUCGUAUGUUAUUGUUAAAUAUCGACAAAAAUGAAAGAUUUGGAUAUGUCCUAAACUUUUUACCGCAGCAGUCGGGCAGUCUAAUGCGUUCAACGGAACAUACUCUCGUGCUAUCCAUGCUUAAGGACCCAUCGGCGCACGUGCGCAGCUCAGCGAUCAACGUUCUCAAGGAUUUUGUUUCAUACUCAAAAAACUACCUGAUUUUGGCAUGCGAAUCUGUUCACGCUACAUCGUUCACAUCAAUCUCUGAAGUCAUGGCUAUUGUGAUCAGUGAACUGCAUCGAGCCCUGCACCUCGCUUUGUUAGCCGAGCAAAUUCCCAUUUUUUUGGUUCCAUUGCUUAGUUGUCUUUCCCUCUUGAUUGGGGCUAGUCCAUACUCACGAUUGAAGCCCAUUCUCAUUACGGAAAUGUGUGCCGAUCUCAAGUUGCUACUGCAAAAUAACAAGUACGAACAGGUGCGAGUUGGAGCUCUGACCUGUCUCGGCGGAGUGGUUAGCUACCAGCCAUCACAUGCCGAGAUCGUUCGGUGUCUCGGAUUAGAGAGUGACCAUUGGCUGGAAAGGCUCUGCAUCGAAAAAUUAUCGCCGUGCACGGGCGAGGUCAAUCAGGUCAAGCUUGAGGUAUUGCAGACGCUGUCACUGUUAGUUGCUAAUCACUUCGAACACUGUAAGAAUGUUUUCGACCACUAUAUUCAGGCUCUCAACUGGUCACUUACAGAUCCCUAUGGACCGGUGAAAAUUCACGGUAUGAAAUUGACUGCGGCGUUGGCAAAGCAAAUUUCUGAUUUGAUUACAGGCCAGAAAGACGAGCAAAAACAGUUGGGGUGUGAACUAGGCCGGCUAAUGUGGAGGGAAUGUUUAUUUCAGGGUGUAAUGCAGUGUUGUUUGCAGAGCACUGGAUCAGAGGAAACGACUGAGCACGGAGUUCGUGAACAGCAAGUUCUUCAAAGAGAAACGUUUACAGCGCUUGCCAACAUCGGUGCCGAGAUGUGGGAAGAUCUACCACAGCGAAAUCAAAGAUUCUGUAUCUGCGUCCUCCUGGCACAGGCGCGUGACACCACAGACGAUACGGCAGCGGCCGCGGUCAGGACCUUGGCUUUUUUUUGCACAUACAGAUACAUGGUUCAGGAUACGAUCUUUCUUCAAGAUGUCGGUGAACUCUGUGUAGCUCUCUUGAAAAAGAAAACUAAUAUGUCACUAAAAAUGAAGGCUUCGUGGGCGUUGUCCAACGUCUGUGACGCUCUGUGGACACUGCGUAUUUCUGAGCCUGAACGCUUCGAUGUUGAUAUUAACACUGACUUCUAUACUAGCCUUUUAGAAACUUCUGUGAAUACAUAUGCUGAAAAGGAUUCAAUUCGAAUUAAUGCCGUGCGGUCAAUGGGCAUAUUGUUAGGUAUGGGAACUAGUAGGUACUUGUCCGUCGAUGAACGUCUCAUUCGUAAAGCGAUCGAGCAUCUAUUGCAGAGUGCCACGUAUGCGGGGGUUCGUUUCUUUAAAGCUAAGUGGAACGCUUGUUAUGCCAUUGGCUGGAUGAUGGCGAACGCGCAUACACGUUGCAUGUUGGAUGUGCCGACAGCUAUGAAGACUCUCAGCGACAACCUUAUGAACUGUGUCAAUCUCAAGGUACAAAUUGCCUGCAUUUCCGCGCUCGAUCAGUUAUCCGACUGUGAGGAUAUUGAGCCCGAGGUACGGUUUGGUGCUUUCAUCACGUUAGUGCAAAAGGUCGAGCAGGUUCCUGCCAUUCAAGUUGACUACAAAGAACUAAAGCAUCUACAAAGCGUUAAAGAACAAUUGAGUCUAGCCCUUAUUAAUUACUUAAUAGUAGCCGGCGGCGAGGGCCAAUAUCUAAAUAAAAUGUUUAAGCAGUUAGAAUCGGUUCGAGACGCUGCUGAAUUACUGCUUAAAAGUGCCAUGAGUUGUGCUAGCGUGAGAGAAAAAUUAAGUGAACUUUUUGAAUCCGAAAAAGGCCUACGAGUGGAAGGUAGCCUUCCGAACACAAAGGGACAUUUACGACAGGCAUUUGAGCUGUACGCAUUUCAGAUAUAGUUAAUCAGAAGUUUGCGAAUUGUAUAUGAUAGAGUAUCUUUUUUUGCAAUCGUUACAAACCAUUUGGAAUUGUACACAAGCAGAUUUACUCGGUGCGCGCCGAUGAGAAACAAUUGGUCCCUUGAAUAGGCCAAUCAAAAAAAGAAAAAAAGCAUUGUUGUCCCGUCCCAUGACUUAGCGAUUUCGUAUAUAUAUGACUAAAUCGGACACAGAGAGAAAAGAUUGGAAGCAGCAUUUCUAUACACCCGAAGCACAUAUAAAUAGAAUCGAAGAAUAGCUAUUUAUUGACAGUAGGAGGGCGCCAUCUUCACGUCACACUUGUACCACUACUAUGCCGAUACAAUGUAUUCAGUUUAUUUGUAAAUCAGUGUCUCAGGUAAAAUUAUCAUAAUAGUAGUAAUAAUAAACUUUGGUCGUUGAUGUGGAAGCAUCAAGAGAACGGCGAACCUUAAUUUUCCGUCGAGCAAAAUAGAGACAUUUAGCACCUAAUUAGAUAUUAGUAUAAAAAUGAUGUGUACGAGCAUAAAUCCUAAGACUGGGCUACACCUUUAUUUGGGUCAACUAACCACAUAACUUACAAUUGAACAACUAACAACUAUAUGGCUUGCAGGGUCUUCACAAAAGUAUGUAUAA